AUGUACAAAGGGUACAACCUGAAUAUGUACAAAGGGAACAACCUGAACAUGCACAUGGGGAACAAUCUGAACAUACACAUGGGGAACAUCCUGAAAAUGUACAUUGGGAACAACCUGAACAUCCAGAUGGAGAACAACCUGAACAUGUACAUGGGGAACAACCUGAACAUGUACAAAGGGAACAACCUGAACCUACAUAUGUGGAACAACCUGAACAUGUACAAGAGGAACAACCUGAACAUACACACGGGUAACAACCUGAACAUGUACAAGAGGAACAACCUGAACAUACAUAUGGGGAACAACCUGAUCAUGUACAAAGGGAAUAACCUGAACAUGCACAUGGAGAACAACCUGAACAUACUAAUGGGGAACAACCUGAACAUGUACAAAGGGAACAACCUGAACAUGUACGAAGGGAACAAACUGAACAUGCACAUGGGGACCAACCUGAACAUACACAUGGGGAAAAACCUGAACAUACACAUGGAGAACAACCUGAACAUGUACAAGGGGAACAACCUGAACAUGUACAUUGGGAACAGCCUCAACAUGUAG